UCGGCCCCGGGCUUGGAAGCGGCUCGGGGCGCCCUUUCGGCCAGUGGCGUCGCCCACCCCCUGCCCCCAGCCCCCCGGAGACCCAGGCUCGCAGCGCCCAGCCCGGAGCCGCCGGGAAGCGCGAUGGGGGCCCCCUCCGCCGUGCCCCUGCUCCUGCUCCUUGCCUGCUGCUGGGCGCCCACUGGGGCCAACCUCUCCCAGGACGGCUACUGGCAGGAGCAGGAUUUGGAGCUGGGAACUCUGGCUCCACUGGACGAGGCCAUCAGCUCCACAGUCUGGAGCAGCCCUGACCUGCUGGCCAGUCAAGAUAGUCAGCCCUGGACGUCUGAUGAGACUGUAGUGGCUGGCGGCACCGUGGUGCUCAAGUGCCAGGUGAAAGAUCAUGAGGACUCGUCCCUGCAGUGGUCUAAUCCUGCCCAGCAGACGCUGUACUUUGGGGAAAAAAGAGCUCUCAGAGACAAUCGGAUUCAGCUGGUCAGCUCCACUCCUCAUGAGCUCAGCAUCAGCAUCAGCAACGUGGCCCUGGCAGAUGAGGGCGAGUAUACCUGCUCCAUCUUCACAAUGCCCGUGCGAACCGCCAAGUCCCUCGUCACUGUGCUUGGAAUCCCACAGAAGCCUGUCAUCACUGGUUACAAAUCAUCACUACGGGAAAAGGAUACAGCCACCUUGAACUGCCAGUCUUCUGGGAGUAAACCUGCAGCCCAUCUCACCUGGAGGAAGGGUGACCAGGAACUCCGUGGAGAACAAAAAGUACAGGAGGAUCCCAACGGGAAAACCUUCACUGUGAGCAGCUCAGUGACAUUCCAGGUUACCCGGGAGGACGAUGGAGCAAACAUUGUGUGCUCUGUGAACCAUGAAUCUCUAAAGGGAGCUGACAGAUCCACUUCUCAACGCAUUGAAGUGCUGUACACACCGACUGCAAUGAUUAGGCCGGACCCACCACAUCCCCGCGAAGGCCAGAAGCUGUUGCUACACUGUGAGGGUCGCGGCAAUCCGGUCCCCCAGCAGUAUCUGUGGGUGAAGGAGGGCAGUGAGCCACCCUUGAAGAUGACCCAGGACAGUGCCCUCAUCUUCCCCUUCCUCAACAAGAGCGACAGCGGCACCUAUGGCUGCACGGCCAUCAGCAACAUGGGCAGCUACACGGCCUACUUCACUCUCAAUGUGAACGACCCCAGCCCGGUGCCCUCGUCCUCCAGCACUUACCAUGCCAUCAUUGGCGGGAUCGUGGCUUUCAUCGUCUUCCUGCUGCUCAUCCUGCUCAUCUUCCUGGGCCACUACUUGAUCCGGCACAAAGGCACCUACCUGACACACGAGGCAAAAGGCUCCGACGACGCCCCGGACGCGGACACGGCUAUCAUCAACGCAGAAGGCGGGCAGUCAGGCGGGGAUGACAAGAAGGAGUAUUUCAUCUAGGGGCGUCUGUCCACCUCGUGCGCCCCCCAGGGGCCCCGUGGGGACUGCUGGGGCCAUCAUCAACCCAGACUUGUACAGAGCGACCCCAGGGCCGCCCCUCCCGCUUGCUCCCCAGCCCACCCACCCCCCUGUACAGAAUGUCUGCUUGGGUGCGGUUUUGUACUGGUUUGGAAUGGGGAGGGAGGAGGGCGGGGGGGAGGGGAGGGCCACCCUCAGCCCUUUCCGUGGCUUCUCUGCGUUUGGGUUAUUAUUAUUUUUGUAACAAUCCCAAAUCAAAUCCGUCUCCAGGCUGGAUAGGCAGGCGCCCUGGGGUAAAGAAAGAAAAAAACUUGUGAAGUUAGGAGGAGAAUGAAGGUGCAGGGGUAGGAGAUGGGUAAGGAGCAGGGCUGGUUGGAAGCAGGGGCUCUACCCAGCCCUCCCAUUUAUCUACCCUCCACCGCGGAGCAGCUCCCCAGACUUCUCCUGGAACCCAGAAGAAACAGAAGGGGUGUGAGCAGAGGCUGGUGGUGGCUUUCUUCUGCUAGCCACACCCUGCGAGCUGCGGACAGGGAGACAGGUGUGAUCCUGGCACCUCCUUCCAUGCAAAUGGGAUGGGGUGAAUGGGAAAAUCCCAGAGAAGAUGUGACCCGCACAAGGCAUGCAGCCCAGGUGGGGACCCAGGGCUUCAACUGAGGGAGGAUGUGGGUCCCCUUGAAGAAGCUUAGAUGUGGAGAGAAAGGAUGGUGGAUAUGGCUCUUUCCACCCAUGGCCUCCAGGAUGAAUGAAGCCAGGCCAUUUUCACAGAAACUGCCCUGGGGGACAGCAGAGCUUGGCUGCCCCUCCUAGCUCCAGCAGCUGUGGGAGAGGCGCUGCUCCGGGGCCUGAACUGUGUCUGCUUCCCCUGCCGCCGAGGGGCCCCUCCCUCCUACCCAAGACCCCCGGACUGUUGCACGGCAACCACUCCUCUCAUGGCAUUGCUCAGCAACUCUUCCUCCAACUUGUGCCACCUGCCCAUCCCCUCUCUGUCCCCCACACCAGCCCUCUGUCCUUCCUCCCUCAGCAGCCAGGCAGACAUAACAACAACAAAAAUACUAAAAGGAGCUUCACCGCACUGAGCUGUUUCCUGCCCAAACUAAGGGAAUAAUGUGAACUCCGUGCGUGCUUGUGCGUGUGUGUGCAUACGCGUUCGUGUGUGUAUAUGUGCAAGUGUUGUGGGUGUAUACAAGUGCGUCUGUGAGUGAGAAGCAGAGAGCAAUUAAAGAGGAGGGUCAAGGACCAAGGAUCCUGGGCAGGUGGACUGGUUAAUGGCCAUGUGAUGGAGCGGAGGAUUCCUAGUCAGGGUUCAUACCUCACCUGAGAUGUCACUCCAUGCCACCCUCAAGGCCCAUCUUGACGAGGAGUACCAGGAUGUGCUUUUGCCCAGGUGUGCAUUUCAUCUCUCCCUGAAACAUACAGCAUUCCGCCCUCCCCUGCCUUCCCACCUCCACACCGUGGAGUCAGUGCCACCGCCUUUGCUAUGCACCCCUCAGGCCUCUCCCUGGCACUGAGCCUGGGUUUCCCAUCCUCUGUACCUAGAGGGCUGGGUCCCAGUCCCUGCUUUUGGUUUUCUGUCUUCCUUCUUGUGACGGAGCUGGUUGCCGUGGAGAUGAGGUUGCUCAGCCUCCCCACCCUGCUGGCCUGCCCACCUCAGAUCCCAGAUGCUCUUAGCGUCUCACUCACCUGCCCCAGCAUGCCCUCCCUGCUCUGACAAUGGGCAUGCAAAACAGGGCAGCUGCAGGCCAGCAGCUCUGCCCACUCCUUCAGUUCAGGUAAAAUACCCUUGAGAAUCUUCCAGCCCCACCCCGGGUAGGGCCCUGGGCACCACAUGCAGCCCCUCAUCUAAGCCAGGGCCUCCUCCUCUUGCAACAGCAAGGGAGCCUUGGGCCCCAGGCCUGUUAGGCUCCUUGUCUCCCAGCACCCGCUUUUGGGAAAAAGACUUCCUCUUUGAGCUGAACCACUCUGUCCAUAUUACACAGAAGCCAUAUUUGUAUGGGGGGCGGGGGGGAGAGGGCAGUUGUGCUGUGUGUGUCUGUCCAUGGGUGGGGGUGGGGGAAGGGAGCAGGGAUCGUGUAUCUUUAUAAUCUUUCUAACUCUCCUGUGCUAAUCUCAGAGGGGCCACCCUCAAUAUAUCUGGAUUAUUCGUGU